AUGGUUCAAUUUCCAGCUUAUGUUGAUGGUAAACCACCUGUCAUCUCCUUGCAUGAAUACGAUGACGCUGAAUGGGCUCAAGAAACCGCAGUGGACUCUACAGCACAAGGUUAUGUUGCAGUUAAUAUGAAGGAUCAAAAUCAUAUUGUUGCUAAAUUUGAUCAAGAUGCUGCUAAAACUUUAGAUACUAUUUUCAAGAGUGCUAAAAAGCAAUACGUUGAAGAAAAUAAAGAUGAGAUUUUAGAGAAAGCUGGUGUUAAAAUGGAAAAACGUUAA